AUGGAUUCCUCGCCGUCAGCUCCUCCACAGGAGGUAAAGACACCAGCGGAUGGCCAGCAGACCGUCAACAAAGAGGAUGUAGAACCUAAAAACUCCGCGUUGAAAAGCUAUGUGCGGAUUCUCUCCUACGGCUCUCGCAACGGAGGCAUCCUAGCGAUGAUCCUCGGUCUGGUGUGUGCCAUCGGGUCCGGAGUGGCACUCCCGUUGAUGAAUGUGGUGUUUGGCAAUCUGGCUGGCGAGUUCAAUCGGUAUUUCAUUCCUGGUACCAAGCUCGACGAGCACGCGUUCAAGGCGAACGUGAACAAGAACAGUCUCUACAUUGUGUACCUAUUCAUCGGCAAGUUCGUCCUGACAUACAUCUCGAUGAUCUGCUUCCGCAUCAUCAGUCUGCGAGCAUCCGCAGCCCUAAGACUAGAAUACAUCCAGGCGCUGUUCGCCCAGCCCGUGAGCAAGCUGGACGAAACCUCCGUCGGCACCGUCACCAACGCCAUCACGUCGCUGUCCAACACCAUCCAGCAGAGCGUUUCGGACCGCCUUGCCAUCCUGUUCCAGUCGCUGGCGCUCCUCGUGGCCGCCUACGCCAUCGCCUUCCGCUACUCGUGGGCGUUGACGUUGGCGGUGAGCUCGGCCAUCCUCUUCGUCGUGAUCGCGUACAGCUUCACCGUCCCCAUCCUCGUCAAGGGACAGCAGAUGGCCGAUCGAGCCGACGAGAAGCACGCAGCCAUUGCAGCAGAGGCGUUUGGAUCGAUCCGGACCGUCCUUUCGCUGGGUGCGGAAGUGCCUCUCACCAAGAAAUACAUGUUCUGGGUCGACGAGGCGCGCCGCCGUGCAACUCGCCUGUGUCCAGUGACAGGGCUGCAUUUGUGCCUGAUUUUCUUCGCCAUGUACUGCAGCUACGCGUUAGCGUUCUGGUUCGGGUUGAAGCUGUACCGCGAGGGACAUAUCGGCAACGUCAAUACCGUGAUUAUUGUCUUUUUCUCUGUCUUGCUCGUCGUCACAGUUCUCGGAGGCAUCGCUUCUCCGUUGAUGGCCAUCAUCAAGGCCACAAGCGCAUCGGGGCCCUUCUUCGACAUGAUCCAAUCCGAGCGCGUCACCACCGACGGACUCAAGAGUCCCGCUGUCUCCAGCGAGUCCGACAUCGUAUUCGAUUCCGUGACGUUCGCCUACCCAACACGAGCGCAGACACAAGUGCUGAAGAACUUCAACGCCCGAUUCCACAGCGGCAAGACGACUGCAUUAGUGGGACCGUCCGGCUCCGGGAAGAGUACCAUUGUGGCGCUCCUCGAACGAUGGUAUCAGCUGGAGGCCCCUGCAGGAGAAGAGACUACUGAGAAACAGGAAUCCCCCGGUUCUAUUCUCGUGGACGGACAUCCCAUCAACGAACUGGAUUUGAAGUGGUGGAGGACCCAGAUCGGACUGGUCGAGCAGGAGCCGGUUCUGUUCAACGAGUCUAUCUACAAGAAUGUGGCGGCCGGUCUCAUCGGCACAGAAUGGGAGAAUGAGUCCGAGGCGGCCAAGAUGGAACUGGUCGUCAAGGCGUGCCGCGAGGCCUUUGCGGACGAGUUCAUCGACAGACUUCCCCUUGGCUACCUGACGAUUGUCGGCGAAGGAGGCAUUAUGCUAAGCGGAGGGCAGCGCCAGCGAAUUGCCAUCGCGCGUAGCAUCGUCCGGCGGCCCGCGAUCCUGAUCCUCGACGAGGCGACGAGCUCCAUCGAUGUUCGCGGGGAGCAGAUUGUGCAAGCCGCUCUCGACCGCGUAUCGAAGAACAGAACCACGAUCAUGAUUGCGCAUCGGCUGUCGACGGUGCGGAAGGCAGACCAGAUUAUCGUGGUGCAAGAUGGCACGAAUAUUGAGCAGGGCUCUCCGCAGGAACUCAUCGAUCGCGGUGGAUUCUAUUAUUCCCUCGUGCAUGCCCAGCAGUUGCAAGUCGCGCCGGAGCUGGAGCCAGCUGUCAAAUCCGAAGAAGAGAUUUCUCGGUUCCAGCAGAUAGAACCGGUCAAGUCUGCUUUGUCUGAGACUGCUUCAAACGAGGGAUCAGCUGCAGAGGGCAGUGUAAGAAGCGCGAAGAAGCGAGGCGCUUUCCGCACUCUCUGGCAGCUUUUGUGUGAGCAACGAGGCUACUGGCCGUCAUACACACUUACGCUGGCCGGGGCAAUGGGAGCUGGAUCGGCAUUCGCGUUACAGAGCUGGCUCUUUGCGAAACUGGUCCAAGUAUUCCAAUUUACGGGCCAGAAGCUUGUCGACGCAGCCAAUUUCUGGUCGCUGAUGUUCUUCAUUCUCGCCAUUGCGAUGGCGAUCUUCUACUUUGACCUGGGUAUCAUCUCGACCCUGAUCUCCGUGAAAUUUGCGUCCACCUAUCGGAAAGACUACUUCGAAAGCAUCAUCCAGAAACCUAUCACAUACUUUGACCGUGAAGAGAACGCAUCGGGCACGCUGAUGUCCAGACUGUCCACGGACCCCAAGCAACUUCAGGAGCUCUUCGGCAUUGGCGGAAUCUUCCCGAUCAUCUCCAUCUUCAGCCUCAUCGGUUGCAUCGCCAUCUCCUUUUCGUUUGGUUGGAAGCUUGCAGCUGUCACUUUCUUCGCAGCACUGCCGUUCAUCCUAGUAGCCGCGUACCUGCGCAUCCGGUAUGAGAUCCAGUUCGAGGGCAUGAACGCCGAAGUCUACGCGGAUAGCUCCAAGUUCGCCACGGAGGCCAUCCAGGCUUUUCGAACCGUCUCUGCGCUGACAAUGGAGGAUGCUAUUGUGCAAAGGUACGAGGAUUUGCUGCUCCAGCAGCGUAGUAAGGCUAUGAGCAAGGCGUGGUAUGCGACGUUGAUCUUCGCCUUCUCGGACAGUAUUGACCUUUGUGCCAUGGCGCUUACGUUCUGGUACGGCGGUCAACUCCUCGCAACCAGAGAGUACGACCCCGUCGCCUUCUUCGUUGUCUAUAUUGCUAUCGUACAGGGUGGCCAGUCCGCCGGCCAAUUCUUCAGCUUCGGCCCCAACAUAGCGCAGACCAUCGCCUCCGUCCGACGGAUUCUGGAUACUCGAUCGACAGCGGUGAAAGUUGACCAGAUGGCCCAGCCGACAUCAAAUCAAGCUCUCUCCUCGCAAGCUGACAUCAACUUCCGCAACGUCACCUUCCAUUACCCAUCCCGCGACCUCCCGAUCUUCCAGCAUCUCAACGUGAGCAUUCAAAGCGGCCAGUUCGUCGCCUUUGUCGGCCCCUCGGGCUGCGGAAAAUCCACCCUCAUCUCCCUCUUGGAGCGUUUCUACGAGCCAACACACGGCACUGUCGAGGUCGGCGGACAAGAUAUCCGAGCCGUGGACUGCACCUCGUACCGGCGAUUCCUGUCGCUCGUCGCACAGGAACCCCGUCUCUUCGAAGGAACCAUCCGCGAAAACCUCCUCCUCGGGCUUGCUGGCGACGACCCAGCGGCCGACGAAGAACAGAUGAUCAACGCCUGCAAACAAGCCGAGAUCCACGACUUCAUCACCUCGCUCGCGGACGGCUACGCGACGGAGCUGGGUAUCAACGCGCAGGCGUCGCUGAGUGGCGGCCAGAAGCAGCGGCUGUGUAUUGCGCGGGCGCUGAUCAGGAGGCCCAGGCUGCUGCUUCUCGAUGAAGCGACCUCGAGUCUGGACUCGACGUCUGAGCGGCUCAUCCAGGAGGCGAUGGAGAAACUUGCAGGCAAGAAGUCGAUGACGAUCAUUGCGGUGGCGCAUCGGCUUGCUACGAUCCAGAAGGCGGAUGUGAUCUUUGUCUUUGGCGAGGGCGAGAGGGGGGCUGGGUCGAGGAUUGUCGAGCAGGGGACUCACCCUGAGUUACUGCAGAGACGGGGCGUUUAUUGGCAGAUGUGCCAAGCUCAGGCGUUGGAUCAGUAG